AUGAUGUACCGCCUUGUACCGUGUAUUUUGUGUUUGCUCGUUUUUUGGGUGCAAAUGUCUGACGAGAAAUUGUUUAUAAAAUAUUUGAAUGUAUGCGUACCACCAAAGGGCAACGCCUGCGUAGCCAUAAGACAAUGUCCCUAUUUCAACGAUCUCCUGAAUAACAGCCCUCUGCCCCGACCCAGGAACGUCAUCAAGAUAAUCAGGGACCAUCAAUGCGGCUUCAAGCGCAAUACGCCUUACGUCUGUUGCGAUAAAACGACGCCGACGCCAGUAACGACGACAUCGACAAACGCACCGGAAAUUACUACCCAUUGGAGGAACGAACGUCCCAAUGUAGUCGACAGAUUCUCCGGUUCUCUGGCUACACAUCCCAAUUACUACUUGUUGCCUAGGGAUAUUUGCGGAGCUAUAAAAUCGGAUUUCAGGAUAACGAACGGACAACGGGCGGAGCUGAACGAGUACCCUUGGAUGGCUUUGAUAUUUUAUAACAGUUCCGAUGGAGUGAUUGACUUUAGGUGUGGAGGUACCAUUAUCAAUGAAAGAUACGUCCUGACUGCAGCUCAUUGCGUUGUAAAUCAAACAAUAGUUGGCAUUCGAUUGGGGGAGUAUAAUGUAGAGACGCAAGAAGACUGCGAAUCAAUGUCCGGGUACUGCGCGCCACCUACUCAAGAUUUCUUGAUAGAGAAUGUUUUGGUGCAUCCCCGUUACGAUGCAAGGAGGUUCUCUAACGAUAUAGCGCUCAUAAAGUUGAAAGGCGCAGCUAAUUUUAACCACGAAAACGUCCAACCCAUUUGCCUGCCAGUUGACUCCGAUUUAACGGCUCGAACAGCGAUCGUUACAGGAUGGGGCGUCACGGAAGAUGGAUACAAAAGUGAGAUACUGCAGCAAGCGAAUUUGCCGGUCGUAUCGCUCACGGAUUGCCGGAAUUUAUACAGAAAUUUCGCUCCGAUAACGCCCAAGCAGAUCUGCGCUGGUGGGACGAACGGGCGCGAUUCCUGCGGAGGAGACAGCGGGGGCCCUCUCAAAAGCACCGGCGAAAUUAACGGAAGUAUGAGAUUCGUGCAGUACGGGAUUGUUUCGUUCGGGCCGAGAUUAUGCGGGGCCAAAGGAAAACCGGGGAUUUACACCAGAGUGACCAGUUUCAUGAAGUGGAUAUUGGACAAUUUGGAAGACUAUUAG